AUGGCAACAAAGAAGCUAGCUAAGGAACUUGGGUUGGUUAGAAAACGCAGCCGGCCCGCUGAUGAAAACCUAGCAAAACCGACGGGCUCGAGGCAGUUCUUUUCCUACCUGAUAGUCAUUGACUUCGAAUCUACGUGUUGGAAAGAGAAAAACAGUUAUGGACAAGAAAUAAUUGAAUUUCCGGCUGUUCUUCUAAACACCUCUAAUGGGAAGAUUGAUUCAGAAUUUCAUACCUACGUUCAACCUCAGGAGCAUCCCAUACUGUCUGAGUUUUGUACAGAGCUUACCGGUAUCAGACAGACGCAGGUUGAAGCGGGAGUUCCCCUCCAGAUAUGCUUGUCACGGUUCACCCGCUGGCUUCAGACAUUACGACAGGAAAAGAACAUAGUGUUUGUCAAUGAAAAAGUCUGUGCCGCCACGGCUCAUCCCUGUGCUUUUGUCACUUGGUCAGAUUGGGAUUUGGGAGUCUGUCUACAGUAUGAGUGCAAACGAAAGCAAAUCUCCAAACCUGACAUUUUGAACAGCUGGAUAGAUCUCAGAGCAACAUACAGGCUUUUUUAUAACAGGAAACCAAAAGGACUGAAUGGGGCCUUACAGGAUCUGGGACUUGAAUUUUCUGGGCGAGAGCAUUCAGGUUUAGAUGAUGCCCGUAAUACUGCCCAUUUAGCCUGGAGAAUGAUAACGGAUGGGUGCCUCAUGAAAGUGACCAGGAGCCUGAACAGGGAACCACCACGGACAAACCCCCUGUUCAUCAAUACCCAAAUGAAACCUGACCCUGGCAAUGUAGGUGCAAAUGAGACAGGAGGAGGGUCAAAGAAACAUGAUAUGAAACAACUAAAGCCUGGCAGUCAUGAAAAAGAAGCUCAUUCAUCAAAAAUGUCUCUUUCCUCGAGGGGCGGAAUCAAAGUCACGUCGCCGUUGUGCAGUUGUGGCCGCAGAGCCAAGAGGCUUACUGUAGCAAACGGAGGACCCAAUCACGGCAGGGUUUUCUAUAGCUGUCCCAUUGGGAGAACAGGCUCUGGAAACAAAAAGAGCUGCGGGUUCUUCAAAUGGGAGUCUGUGCUUGUGAAAGAUAAAUCAACAUCCAAAGCUUCCACCUCUCUGUGUUUUGUACCUGGGGCAGGCUGCUUGUCAUCUGGGAAAAGUUUCAGUAACAAGAGCCUCUGUAUUCCUCCACCUAAGAACUUUGUCUUGAGACGUCUUUAA